GCUGCAUGUCUUCGCCAGCGUCUUUCCUCAAGAUGUCAGUGUCCAACGAUUCACGGAUUUAAGAAACAUCCCUGUUGAAUUUAGAGAAACGUUGCGACGUGAGAUACAAAAAUGUCUAAGAACCUGAGAAUUGCUCUAAUAUUUGGUGGCUUUGUGACUGCAGUGGGAGUGACAUUGUAUCCAUUAUAUUUUUAUCCACUCACACAUGUAGACGAAUAUAAAGAAAUGCAGAAAUUGAAUAGAGCUGGAAUUAAACAGGAGGAUGUUCAGCCAACAGGUCUAAAAAUAUGGUCAGAUCCCUUCAAGUCAAAGUGAAGUGACCAUUAAAUUUACACACAGCAAUAUAGAAAAAAAAAAGUAUUUUGCCAAGACUAUCAUGUCAAGGUACUAGUUAAACAAAUGUAAACUUCCAUUGUCAGAGUUUGCUGGUAUUUUCUUUCAAUGUGUGUGAACAUAAUAUUUGCUGGCUGUUUGGAACAAAAUUAUGUUUAUCUACUAUUAUGCAUGCUCUAAUAUGAGAUGUAAAAGCAUUUUUCUCAAAUGAAAUUAAAAAAAGCAUUUUUCUAGUUUUCA